CCAACACCUCCUUUCAGUUGUUGAGUGAACCUCUCUGAGAUGUGUCGUGCGUAAACGUGUUCCACAGAAAUGGAGUGUUUCUUAGUUGUUAUCAAUGUCCUUCUCAUCAGUCCUGUCUAUGCUGGAGUAAGUGGAAUACAUUGGACUUAUACAGAAGGGGCACUGGACCAAGUGCACUGGGCGGACGAGUAUCCUGCUUGCGGUGGCCAAAAACAAUCUCCAAUUGACAUUCAGCGGCGGAACGUACAGUACAACCCACGUCUGCUGCAACUGGAACUCAGUGGUUAUGAAGCGCAAAAAGGGAAAUUUCUCAUGUCCAACAAUGGGCACUCAGUUCAAAUCAGCCUGCCUUCUAGUAUGGCGAUCACCAAGGGUCUCCCAGACCGCUACACAGCGGUCCAGAUGCACCUGCACUGGGGGGGCUGGGACAUGGAGGCCAGUGGUUCUGAACACACUUUGGACGGCAUUCGCUACAUGGCAGAGCUCCAUAUAGUCCAUUACAAUGCAGAGAAGUACAAGAGCUUCCACGAGGCCAUAGAUAAACCAGAUGGACUGGCAGUUCUUGCUUUUUUCUAUGAGGAUGGACAUUUUGAGAACACUUAUUACACUGAUUUCAUCAACAAUCUGUCAAAGAUCAAGUAUGCAGGGCAGGCCAUGAAUAUAUCUUCCAUAAAUGUCCGAUCCAUGUUGCCUGAGAACCUGAACCAUUACUUCAGGUACCACGGCUCACUGACCACUCCCCCCUGUGAUGAAAGCAUUCUAUGGACUGUGUUUGACACACCCAUCACCCUCUCCCAUAAUCAGAUCAGGAAGUUGGAGAGUACUCUGAUGGACCACGAGAACAAGACUAUAUGGAAUGACUACCGCAUGGCUCAGCCCCUCAAUGACCGUGUGGUGGAAUCCUCCUUCCUGCCUCGCCUGGGCAAAGGCACCUUCUGUCGUCAAGAAGAAAUUGAGUCAAAGCUCCUAAAGAUUGAGGGUCUCAUCUCUUCACUAGGAAGGCAGAUGGAAUCAAUUGGGGAAACACGGUCCUCCAAAAAUGAGCCCCGGGCCCUGUCUCCGCUAGUGCUCCAUUUCCCAGAAAGGAAUACUGCCAGCUAUGCCUUGGCCCACUUAAAGCACCCCAUGAGCCUAAACUCCUUCACUGCAUGCAUGCAUGUCCGCACACACCCCAAUGGCUUGCACACCGUCCUUUCCUACUCCCGCGACAACAAUGACAAUGAGCUAACUAUAACCUUGGGUUUUGAGGUUGGGUUGUGGAUUGGCAACGAGUUUGUCAACCUGCCACACAGCUUCCAUUCACAAGACUGGGCCAACUACUGCAUCACCUGGUCCUCCCACUCCGGAGGGGCAGAGCUCUGGAUUAAUGGACUGGAAGGGGAGGAGCAGUAUCUGAGGGGAGGGUACACGAUAAGCCCCGGGGGGGUGUUCAUCCUGGGGAAGGACCAAGAUGGCUUCCUGGGCAUUUCUGACUCCGAUGCCUUUGUGGGACAGAUGACGGACGUGAAUGUGUGGGACUACGUGCUCAGUCGGGCAGAGAUAAAGGAGCAGAUGUUGUGUGGGAAUUCCACAAUGAGGGGCAAUGCCUUCAGCUGGGGAGUGACCCAGCUCAGCUUGUAUGGAGGGGUGCAGUUGCAGAUCGACCACAGGUGCACCUAACUUCACACCACAAGAUCAUGGUGUUGAGUCACAUCACCAGAUCCACAAGCUUUGCACUAUCAACACAACACAGAGCUGUGAGAGUUGUGGUUAUGGGUGGAGGCAAUAUCAAAUCAACACUUUGAUGAUCAUUAAAAACACAAAUCUCUCUGACAUAUGUUGUUAAUUUUUGUUAUGAUUAUAGAAGUGUAACACAGGGAGUGGGCUUACAACAGUAUCAGCCCUUUAUUAUAAACAUAUCUUUUCAUCCUCAAUAAACUUCUGAAAUACUUGGA